AUGGUGCCUAAUGGAAAUCUAGUAUGCAUGCUUAGGAAGUCACUAUAUGGUCUAAAACAGGCUAGCAGGCAAUGUUAUUAUAAGUUGACAGAGUCCCUGCAUUCUAGGGGGUUCAUGCACUCAACUAGUGAUUACUCAUUAUUCUACAAGAAACAUAGGACUUCAACAGUCUUUGUAGCCGUAUAUGUGGAUGAUGUGAUUGUUAUUGGGACCAAUUUUGAGGAAAUCAAAGAAUUGAAGGUAUUCUCACAUAACCAAUUCAAGAUAAAGGAUCUUGGGAAGUUACAUUACUUCUUGGGACUAGAGAUGUUGUAUAAGACAGAUGAAGUACUAAUUUGCCAGGAAAAGUUUACUAUGGAUCUACUAAAGGAGUAUGAUUGCUUGACAUACUCUCCUGUCAGCUCUCCACUUGACUCUACCAUCAAACUGAGGAGUGAAGAUGGAGCCUUACUGUCUGAUCGAGGGUAUUACAGGAAACUAGUUGGGAAACUAAACUUUCUGACAAAUACUAGAUUGGACAUAGCCUAUAGUGUUCAACACUUGAGCCAGUUUAUGAAGACACCAAGAGAACCCCAUUUAAAGGCUGAUAUACAUGUUCUCAGAUACUUGAAGAAAGAUCCUACUUUGGAAAUUUUUCUAUCCAAUGAUCCUAACUAUACUUUCAGUACGUACUGUGACUCAGAUUGGGCUGCUUGCCCUGAUUCAAGAAAGUCUGUGAGUGGGUACGUUGUGCUACUUGGGAACAACCCUAUCAGUUGGAAGUCAAAGAAAAAAACUACUAUUUUAUUGUCUUCUGCAGAAGCAGAAUAUAGGUCAAUCAGGAAGGUUGUUGGUGAAUUGAUAUGGGUGAAGAGGCUGCUCGAAGAAUUGACAGUCAUGUGUGCCAAUCCCAUAACUGAACAGUGUUCUGUGAUAGUCAGGCAGUUGUACAUAUUACAAGAAACCCUGUAUUCCAUGAAAGGACAAAGUAUAUCUAAGUGGAUUGCCACUUUGUCCGGGACAAGAUACAGGAGGGGCUACUUGAACUGCAUCACAUCUCCACCUCCGCUCAACUAG